CAAUGAGAAGGGGGAGGAGGGUGUGUGUGCAACCGCUAUAAGAGAGAGGACAUCUAGGUGGAGCAUCAUACAGGUGAGCGUUCAUAUUCUCACCCGCUUCAGGAUACUACUUCCAGGAACCAGGAGUCCACCUCGGACUGAAAAAGAUUGUCCUUCAAGUAUGUUGGCAGAAAUGGAGACGAUGGCUUAUGUGACUGACAUCAAGAUGGGUGGAGGCCGCGGGGCUUGGAGCGGAGUGACGCCUUCCUCCUGCCCCGAGGUGGACCUGGAGGUCAUCGAGGAGUACCUGCAGGAGCAUUCGCUGGAGGUUCAGCCAGCACACACACCUGCAUCACCUCUGGCCACCAUGGGGCAACACACACACUCCCACCUGGGCACAAGGAUCAUAGAGAAUAGCUGGUCGGGUCAGCAUCCGUACGAGUGGCACUGUGACUCACACACUCCAAACGAGGAAUACAAAGAGCAAACCCUGCCUCCAGCCUGGAGUAGUACCCAUGGCAACCAGUGGGAACACGUUGCCUAUUCCUAUGAGGCAUCUGCAUACAUUGACUCAGAUUCACAAUCUAGUAGCUCCCAGUACCAGGAAUACCAAGACUCGCCAUCACCAUCGUCUGACAGGGGGGACAGGAAGGACAGAGACCCCUUACCUCUUGUCCCACUGUCAGGAAAGAGGAAGGAGCGGCUGUUCCAGUUCCUGUUCGAGAUGCUUCAGACACCGUCCAUGCGGAGCUGCAUCUGGUGGGUCCAGUCGGCCUCCGGCACCUUUCAGUUCUCCUCCCAGAACAAGGAGAGCCUGGCGCAGCUGUGGGGUCGGCGAAAGGGGAAUCGCAAACCCAUGACCUACCAGAAGAUGGCACGGGCCCUGAGGAACUACUCCCGCACUGGCGAGAUUCACAAAGUGAAAAGGAAGCUCACCUACCGGUUCGAUGAGAAAACGCUGAGAGGUCUGCGAGGAGACUCCAAUACGGUGUAGAAGGCAUAGUGGAGAGGGCAUUUAAGCAUAGAAAUAGAAUAAGCUCAAAGGAUAUCGAGGGAAGUCAUUUUUGAUGUCCCAUGAAUGUCCUUUGUGCUGAUUCUACUUCUGUGGUAUUUUGAAUAACAAAUGAAUACUGAGUAUUUGAAAAGCCACUGUGAGUCAAAGCUUACUGUACAUAGAGAACCAUAUUAGCUAGUAUGAGAGGGGAACCAGAAAUGAUACAAAAAUGCAAACUUCAGGAACAACCAACAUGUGAGAGGUCAGCUGGCAUUUAACAUGUAAACCUAAAAGGUUGUAACAUAAUAUCUACUUCAUAAGUAGACGUUAAAUCAUUGUCAAAAUAAAAGUUGUGACUUUGUGUUUUGUUUUUUUUUAGUUCUAUAUUGCAGCAGAUACAGUAAAAAAUCUUUUUUGGACAAAAUUAGUCUGCAUAAACAUGAUCUGUUUGUGUCAAAAUUAAAAACUAUUUUCAAAAAACUUAACUGUACACAUGUCUGUAGCUGCCUGUCUGUCUGCCUACCUGUCUGUCUCUAUGAACAAAGAGACACUGUGUUGUCCAUAUUAUACCAAUAAACACAGA